GAUGGCAGCAAUUUUACAUCAAUAUUUUCUAAAAACCAAUUGUCAGUUUUUGAUUCCAGGUGGCGCUGUCAUCUCCAAUGUAAACAAAACAGCAUGGCUGAUUCAGGGAGCAAUGAUCUUGUCAAAUCUGUCAAGAAUACUAGUGAUUGGAUGUCAAAUCUACCUGAAAACUUACAUAACUUACCCCUAAAUACUCUAGCAAUACCUGGCUCUCACAACUCCUUCAGCUAUGCCCUUGAUCUAGCAUCUGAACUCGGUCCAGAUGGGAAUAACACCUUGCAGCAAAUCUCUCACAACCCACUGAUCGGUUCAAUCGUAAAGAAAGUGGCCUUCAAUUGGUCCGUCACGCAAUCUUUAUCCUUCAAGGAGCAGCUGCAGGCCGGUAUUCGCUAUUUUGAUCUCCGGAGUGCAAAGAGAAAGAAAGACAAUGAUUACUAUUUCCUUCAUGGGUUAUUCGGACCUAAGAUUGCUGAUUCGAUGGCAGAGGUCAACCAGUUCUUAGCGGAACAUCCCAAAGAAAUCAUCAUCUUAGAUUUCAACCAUUUCUAUGAGAUGGAUUACAACGAUCAUGAAAUUGUCUUGUCUAUCCUGAUGAGUAUUUUUGGUGAGAAGAUAUGUUUCCGACAGAUGGGUGUAUGCGAUAUAUCGCUGAAGUCUCUCUGGGAGAAACAUCAACAGGUUAUCAUAAUCUACCACCAGGAGGACAUUGUCACACAUUACCACCAAUUAUGGCCUGGAGGAGCUAUCCAGAGUCCGUGGCCAAACACCAUGGAUACUCAUAAACUAAUUGGGUUUCUUACCACUGGUUACACCAAUGUACGCCCAGAUGAAGUGUUCUAUGUUUUUCAAGGGGUUAUGACUCCAGAUGAUAGCACUGUCUUCAAACAUCUUGUACAGGGUAGCAUAAAGAAGCAUUGUGCUGAGAAAAUUAAUCAGACUUUUAUCGCUUGGCUCCAAGAUAGGAACAUUGGCCGAAAUGGUAUCAACAUUUGUAUGGUCGAUUUCUUUGAAAUUGUGGACUUUGUUCAAGCAGUCAUAUCCCUGAAUAUGAAGCACAAAGUCAGCAGUAAUUGAACCGAAGCAGCAGGUCUUAUGGUCAGUGUGGUAGAGAACUGAGAGAAAUUGAAAUCGAAAGAGACCAUGUGAUCUAAUAGUCAUUCCCACUCCUCGGAAAUUCUGUCUUAAACUAAACUAAAAAUUGAUUAUAUUAUGGGAUGUAGUAUAUUUUAGAUGAGAUAUUGUCACUUCAGCUGUUUGUAACCAACAAAUUUGUUUUAAGCUGACCAAAACUGUAACAAGCCCCAAGAAUAAUAUCACAAGUGCCAUAUUUACAAUGUUUUAUGUAAACUUAUUGCAAAUUGCUUCUCUUAGUCAUUGUGUUUACAGUCCUGUGUGAAUGUGAAACAAGGAAGUGUUAUAUUCAAUGAGAGACCAUUACUACAAUGUAUUAUCAUUGUGACUGCAUUCCAUAUUGUCCAAGUAACUGUUGUAUCCGUUACUUGUCCUAGACCCAGGAGUAAAAAGUGCCUCAAUCCAGUUUGCAUCUCUUGAUGCUCAAUUCCAAUCAAAAGAAUGAUUGCAUUAUUAUAUUAGAUUGUCAAUUUUGUCACAACUCAAGUGCUAUUGUCUGAAAUUAUCUGUAAAAGCAGCUUUAAGGAGGCUUUAGAUCCAGCCGGCCUGACUUAUAGACCAGUCCACUUUAAACGUGUAACCCUGCUAACACUUUCAGUGCGAAAUUUGGCUUUUUGUUUAGUUGUCUGACACUGCACAUGUGAUUCACAGGUCAAGAACAUGUAUGACAUUGCUGCACACAAAACAUAUCAAAUAUGUCUUGCCAACAUCACAGGGUCAUUCCAUUACAGUUGUCCUCAUGCUGGCAGUUUGAAUCUCUCAAUGCAUUAUUAUAAUAGUCUAGAAGUUUAUUUUCUGUCGUACGGGUAAAGAACAUCAUGGUAUAGGCCUACUUUUUCUGUUGUAUGGGUAGAUAUACUCUAUCCGCAGACUCUGGGGGGUCUGUAAAAAGUUGUUCAUUUAGAACUCUGGAUUUAUUCUACCGUGUGGGGCAUCAGGAUUUGAAUUCUAUAUAAGUAGUUCAGAUAGUUUACUAGUGAUGAGAUUGUUGAAAAGCCGGAUUCAUGAAUGUGAAAUUGACGUCUUAAAUCCGCGGAUAGAGUAUCAAUACAAUCAGUGUUAAAAUAUUCCAAGUUUGUGAUUUUAGCAAUCUUUCCAGAAAUUAUGGUAUUAGGUAAUUGAUUCUAUAUUCUACAUUAUCGAAUAUGUAGAUGUUCUUCGUUAUGAAUUUACAAUGGCUUGUAUCUAUAUGUCUAUAAAUGUAGUGUUUGUCAGAUACCUCCAUAUCACCUUGUGGAUGUGCUUGUGAGUUGAUUAACAGUGGCUAAGGUAAAGUGGGACAGCCCCUUCACUCAGUGUGGUAGUAGACACCAAUGCACACCAUAGCACAUCAAUGUACACCAAUGCACACUGAGGCUAUCAUUAUGCCAUCUUGCCUUUCGUUUUAAAGUAGCAUUUCUAUGACUCGAGAUAAACAGUUCUAACAUUUGUCUGUUUUGGUAUUCAUGUUUAUACUAGAUCUGGAUGUGGGUAUAAUGUUUCAUGUUUUAUUAUAUGAAUUACAUCAGAAUUAUAAAUGUAAAAGGUUAUGCUGUGGUAGUGUAUUCAAAAAAGAUUACUGUCCAUCAAUGGGAUCCUGGGUUGCAAUAGAUGGCUCUCUGGGCCAGUCAUCUGGCGGUGUCCCUUGGUCAACCAAAGAACCUGCAUGCAGGAAAGAAAAAUUUUCACCUUCUGAUAUUUUAACAAUAUUCACUUAGCAAUGUAGUACACUGCCACAAACAAGUUUAACUCUCAAUAUUGAAGAAUAGUCUGUCUCUGUAUGUGCAUGGUAAUCAUGUUAGUGUGAGAUUAUUGUCAUCAGAUGUGAAAGUUGUCUUUAGCAAUGUUGAAAACCUGAUUGUUGUCAAAUAAAAUCAAUGUUAAAAGU